AUGAUGUCUUCGAUGAAAGCUUGUCUAGCUCAAAAACAAGACACUCUCGAAUCAUUUUCUACUGAAUCAAGUAAUUUACAGAGGCAACGAGUUAGAUCAUCGAUGGCAUUGUCACCUUCAGGAUCAUCGAAAAGGGUUUGUUCGGAGGUAAAUAACUCAGUUCAGGCAGCCACCUGCGUCGUCGACGGGUGCACGGCGGACCUUAGCAACUGCAGAAAGUAUCACCAGCGUCAUAAGGUUUGCGAAGUCCAUUCCAAGAGCCCAGAGGUUUCAAUCAAAACCGAAAAGCUUCGAUUCUGCCAGCAGUGUAGUCGGUUCCAUCCGCUAGAUGAAUUUGACGAGGGAAAACGGAGUUGCAGAAAGCGACUUGACGGGCAUAAUCGGAGAAGAAGAAAGCCUCGACCAUAUCUUUUUCCGGUGAAUCAUCAUGGCACCGGUGUGGUACAGUCGAGUGGUCCACCGGUGCACACAGCCAUGGCUUCCAUGACCACGAGCUCUCUGUGGAGCCACUUGGACCAUGCUCCCUCUCUUCUGUCAUCUUCAGAGGCAUCUUUUAGCCAUGUGGUGCACCCUCCAUCUGGUUCCUUCUCUGCAACAAUAAGUUUGGAGAGUGAUUGUGAUGCGGGGUGGGGUGGUAUGAUUGAUACGACGUCGAAUUAUAAUCAAGAUCCUCAAGAAUUUCCUUUCUAUUGGCGAUAUUAGUAAAUAGUAAUUGUUGGUUAUUGUGGAACAAUGUUUGUACUUUAAGUUGGCGUAAUAUUUGAUUUGAUAUUUUGGUGG